AUCUGGUGACGACUUAGAGACGGUCCGUGGUUCUGAAGGAAGCCAAGAGGCGGUUCAUCGCGAGGCGAUGAUGGAUACAGAGAACUUGAGUCGUGCGCAGCGCGUUCUUAUUUCGGAAUCGAGAGUGCAAUCGCGGAAGGACGACGACGGUCGCGAUCAUGUUGACGAUCAGAUGAUCCCGAUAAGCUUUUAUCCGGGGAACAUCUUCGAGAAGCAACCUCCGCUUGAUCGGGAGCGCGUGCGUCCUUCGGUCGUCGAAGGCCAGGACUGGCGGGGUGUCGAGAAGACGAGGUCGACCGUCGAGUCGGUGACGAGACUCCUACGGGCUCGCGACGCAGCGGGGGUUACGUUUAUAAUCCCGAAUAGCGACCAGCGGCCCUGGUCUCCUCCGAAAGGCUACCAGUGCGUCUACGAGUCGUACUUCGAGGGCGACACGAAGCUGUGGUUUCCGAUUCCUCGAAUCGUCACUGCGUUUGCGAUGCGCCGAGGAGCCGCCCUUAGUCAAUUUCUGAAUGGUGCGUGGCGGCUGGCCGUGGCACUGACGAUUAUCGGAGCAGAAGCUGGUGUUCCUCUCAACGUCCGAGCUUUCGAGGAAUUAGUGUCAGCGAAGAUAAAGGGCGGACUGAUUUCGCUGAAGAUCCGCCCCAACUAUAACGUGGUGACCGGCUACCCCAACAAGACGAACAACUGGCAGCGGUCCUACUUCUACGUCAAAUCUGACAGGGCUGCGUUCGAGGAGCCGCUGAGGACCGGCUAUCGUGUUUUAUGGGCCCGAGAGAUGGGUAUAAACCACCCGUCAGUUUUAUUUUCCGUUUCUUGUGGUCUAACUCCCGUUUGUCUUUCUUUGCAGUUGCUCUUCCGAACACCGCGGAGUACGAGGAGGACUUUUUGACGAGCGCGCGUCUGAUCGCAUCGCAGAGACAGGACCAUUGGAAUAAUUUUUCCUAUCAGAGGAUUAGUCGAUCGAUCGGGUGGAUUAGUCAGCAGGUUUGGCGUUCGGACACGAUCCCCAUUGUCACGAAUAAGACGAAGAGGGUCAAUUUGUUCAAUUCGGCCGAGCAGAGGGAGAUAAACCGAGCAAGAGCGAUGAGGACUAUUCCAAAUUUGAGUUUGGUGGUUGCGAAGAAGGUCGGCUCCGCAAAGAAAUCUCAGCCCGAUACCGCGGGCUCGCCUAAUUUAGGAGAUCCGAGCGCGACUGAGUCGGACGCUGAGGCUCAGUUGGUUAGAAAGACCAACAAGAAGAGACAUCGCGAAGAGGAGGGCGCGGCUGUCGAGGAAGCGAACGUUGGGGCUUCCUCUCCCCAAGGGCAUUCUGGAUCAGAGGGGAGAAGGAAGAAGGCAAGGGGUGAUUCUCCUGCGAUCCGAUCCUCGUCUGUUGAGGAAGGCGAGCGCAGGGACCUGGAACCGAGCGGUGGUUCCAAAGAUGAGGUGGUCCCCGAAUCACAGCCUGCGGGCAGCCACGACGAAGAUCUUCCGGUGGUCUCUCCAAAGGCCAAGAAGAAGGACAAGAAGAGGAAGAGGAAGAAGAGAGCCGCCGAAAUGGUUCCUCGAGGCUCUUCUGAGGAGCUGAACGACGAGGAGGUAGAUGCCACCCGUUCCGGGGAAUCGCUAGGCCCGGGGCGUGAAGUCGUGCCGGAGGAACCCGCUCCUCAGGUCGCUGAAGGGACCGUUGCUGUCCCGAAGAAGAGGAAGAAGACAAAGAAGGGUUGUCCAGACAGGGUUUCUUUCUCUUACGACCGCGAGGUCCCGCUAGCGCAUGACGAACAGGAGUGCGGUCGCCUGGUUCGUCAGUUUAGGGGAGAUCGGGGCGCGCUGCCGCCGGUCAAGGACUUGAUCUUCAAGGAGGAGUACAAGUUCGCCGCCCGUACCUCCAUCAUGAGCCACGGAGACUGGAACGUCUUAGUGAGGAAGUACGAUGAGGAGCUGAGAGGAGCGUUCGAGUUGGUUGACAAGCAGAAGAGGAGCCAUAAACGCGCGACUCGGGCUUUGAAGGAUGCAGUCCGUGCAAAGGACGAAGCAGUUGCCCAAGAAGAAGCGCUGAGGAAGGAGCUCGACGAGCAGAGGGGAAUCAUGGCGACCGAGUUGGCGUCUGCUCGGGACCUGGUAAUGAAGGCGGAGAAAGAGAAAGCCGAGUUGCGGAAGAGAAAUGCCGACUUGCAAGGCAAGAAUGCGACUCUCGAGAAGGAGGUGGUGGCUUCUGCUUUGAAUUUCUCCCGGGAGAUGGAUCGCUUGAGGGAAUCUCGCAAACUUGAGGUCACUCAUGAGCGAAUCCGCGUGAUGGCGGCAAUGACCGGAAAAUGCUCCCGACGCUUCAAAAAUAUUCAGGACCGAGAGAAGCGCCGUGAUGAGUUCGAGGACUCGCGGUGUAUGCUUGGUCAAGCGCGCGGGAUGCGAGACUGCCUUGAGGCUUUGAAGGAAUCGGGGAAGGAUAUCCCUCAGGAGACCAUCGAUACGUACGCCGACUUGGAGAAGUACUAUGAUGGGGAGACGACUCGUCUGGAGGUAGGCGUGAUUCCGGACUCGGAUCUAACCUUGUCUCCUUUGGUGCUGAAGUCUCGGUUCGUGAUCGAAGAAAUCCUCGAGAAGGUCGACAAGCAUGGGUCGAACCUUGAGCUGAUCGAUUCUGAAGCCGCGGCAGCGCUCCGAUCUCCGAGUGACGGAUUUAUUAGGGACCUCCUCGACACGGUACAGUCUCCUGCUCGUCCCGACGCCACUCUUCCUAUCAAAGAGGCUGCGCCAGUCUCGGACAAGAAAGCCGUUGAAGCGGACCCGAAGGCGCCUGAUGCCGGUGUCCCGGAGAAGUUGGUUACGAUCUCCGACAGUUCGUCCCUUGGGACUUCCGAUCCUGACGCGAGUGAAGGCUUUUCGGAUCCGAACCGUGAGAUCAGGCUUGCCUCUCCAUCGAGUAAGGGUCAAAGCGCCGGCAACGUCUCCAGCUCGGGCCCUCCUGAGAAGAAAGAUCCCCCUGCUGAGGGAUGAUUAUAGAUGUUUGUUGUACUCUUUUUCGGCCGUUUGGCCUUGUUUGUUUAAGACCUUGUUUCUCGGCGUUAAGCCUUUGUAUGAA